CUCUAUAAUUUGUUUUAUUGUUGAUCGACAUACAUUUUAUUGUAUCUAAAACAAUAGCUUGUGUUAUUUGAAACUUUAUUUACCAUGUCGGUCUUUAGAAACUUAAGAGACGCAUGUAUUAAUUUCCAAGAGGAUCUAGAAAAUGAUUCUACCCAGUUAUUCUGUGCUAGAAUUGGCCAAUCUUACGAUGAAGAAAUUGUCAACAAAAUGCAAGAUUUAUCACUAUUUUCUGCCAAGUUAAGGCUUCUGCAGGCAAAAUCUAUAUCUAUGGGCCCCGAUCGCCCGCAGCCAAGCUCAGAAGAGGCAACAAUGGCCCAGUACGAAGACACAGCCACAUGGAAAGUCCUGGAACAGAAGACUGUGAAGAGUGUGACCCAGUUCCAUGAUGUGAGGAAGCUGAUAACUACACCUGAUAGCAAGCUCGAACCAGAGCAGAUGGAGAGGAAAGAAGAAAUCAUCAGCAAGCUAAAAGAAUACAAAGAUAAAGAGGAAAAGCUUCGAGAAAUCGACGCAUUGCUAACCAAGGCUGAUGGGGAGCAUGGUGUACUGCGGAGACAGUGGGACGAGGAGUUGGGAGAACUAAGAGAUAUGAGCGAGCAGGCAAGCGCGGAUGAUGAGGUUGCUGAGGGACCUUUGCAUAAUAAACUGCAAGCAUUGAUACAGAAGAUGGAGAUGAUGCGAUGGCUGAUAUCUCGGCUCGUGACUUCGCGGUGUAACUACGACUGGCUGACGGACCCUGACCGCCGCCUGCGGGCGCUCAAGAUGGCGCGCGAGACCAACACCAUCGAGGCUUAUACUGGGAUGUAGC